UUGCUUCAAUUGUGGGAGUAGCGCACAUAGUGCUCGAUUCAUUGUCUGGCCCGUGUGGCACGCGUGCUCUGGAGUCUGGAUUGGUGCUGUGCGCAAGGUGCUUGAUUGUUUGUCUCGCCAAAACUAGCAUAUUGAAUUGUGUAGAUUGAUGGCUCAUACCCGUAAAUGUUCAUAACGAAAUCGUUUAGCUCAAUUGUGAGUGUCAUUAUAGGGUAGAUUUCAUCUCUUCAAUACUAGUUGAUUGACAUGAUGCAUCUCUUCAAGUAGACAUCGCUGUGUAUUUCAGGUGAUGUUAAUCUUAGUCACAUGUACGAAGCAAUGGGUUUUCUCAGGGUGAAUGAACUAGAUGGAAAAGGUGGAUACAACUUAGAUAGUGGUGGGUGAGUAGCGUGGACAGUUUUCUUGCUUGGAGGAUGAGAUAAAGUGGAGAAAUUGAUAGCGGAGGCAGCUGGAUAUGGUUCACAGUUGGUUUUAUUUCCAGAAGUCUUCAUUGGUGGCUACCCUCAUGGGUCUACCUUUGGACUGGUUGUUGGCAAUCGCACUGCCAAGGGAAAGGAAGACUUUCGGAAGUAUCGUGCAGCAGCCAUAGAUGUGCCUGGCCCAGAAGUAUCCCAGCUAGCUGCAUUAGCUGGAAAAUAUAAGGUGUUUUUGGUGAUAGGCGUGGUUGAAAGGGCAGGAUAUACCAUAGUCACAGGAUUCGGGGUCGAUGCCUCGUCCCUCGACCCGGGAACGUCGUUCCGAUUCGAGGGUCGGGGUCGAAAAGGGUCAGUGUCCCAUUCAAGGUUGGAUCGUGUCCCGGUUUGAAAGGGGUCGCAGCCCCAUUGCUAGCAGAUUUAAUUGGGAUAAGGAGGUUAAGGAUAGUGGAUUGAUGUGGUUUUUAUUAGACAAUGAGCUGAGUACGUAUUGCAUGAUCUAAAUGUACUUUUUUAUAUAUUUCUUAUAUGCUUGUGCAGAUUAGUUUCUUCAUUAGUAGCAUAUAUAUAGUUUUUGUCUUUAUCGACCCGAAGUAUCGACCCCGAUGAAUCAGGGUCGCGUCCCACAUAAUAAUUUAUCGUUCCAUAGAUGUAUACCCCCUUCGUACCAUAAUUUUAUAAAGUGACGACCCUCGACCCUCGACCCCGUUCCUCGACCCGGUCGACCCAGGAACUUUGUGACUAUGGGAUAUACUCUAUACAACACAGUGCUCACCUUUGAUCCACUGGGAAAAUACCUAGGGAAGCACCGCAAGCUCAUGCCUACCGCACUGGAACGAGUGUUUUGGGGGUUUGGAGAUGGAUCUAUAAUACCUGUCUAUGAUACUCCUAUUGGAAAAAUCGGUGCCCUCAUUUGCUGGGAAAACAGAAUGCCACUUCUCAGGACGGCCAUGUAUGCCAAAGGUGUUGAGAUAUAUUGUGCUCCCACUGUUGAUUGCAUGACAAGUUGGCAGGCUUCUAUGACACACAUUGCCCUUGAAGGGGGAUGCUUCGUUCUGUCAGCAGUCCCGUUCACCCGCAGAAAGAACUAUCCUCCCCCUCCCGAGUAUACAUUUGGUGGCCUAGAGGAAGAGCCAUCACCGGAAUCUGUUGUUUGUUCUGGGGGGAGUGUCAUCAUUUCACCAUCUGGAACGGUGCUGGCAGGUCCCAACUAUGAAGGCGAGGCCCUCCUUACAGCUGACCUGGACCUUGGAGAGAUUGUUCGAGCCAAGUUUGAUUUCGAUGUGGUGGGCCACUACUCGCGACCUGAGGUGCUGAGUUUGGUGGUGAAGACAGAUCCAAAACCCGCUGUCUCCUUCACUUCCGAUGACGAGCAGAGUUUUGCUGGAAAGAGGGAUGACGUUUUGAAGAAGACCUAGUGGCCACCUAUCUUUAAUGACGUUAUAAAGAUACAACGAUUGAAAGUGGCCUUUGCAUCACAAUAAUUGCGGGCUUUUGUUUUUUUGCGAGUGAGUUGUGGGCUUUUGCUGUACAUUUCAUAAUAAACUUUUAUGUUCAGUUACGAUGGAUCCUAUUCUUAUCCUACAGAAAAUUGGCUAGAAAA